AUGGAGUAUAGCAGAUUUGUGGACUGUUUUGAGCGGAGGAGCUACACCGCUGAGUUUCUGGAGUUUGUGGGGUUUAAGUUAUCGAGCGAGCCUCUUGGAGCCACUGCGCUGAUACUGGGUGGGUCUCAGGCGAAGCAGGCCCGCUAUGGCGACGUGAAUGCGCUCUACGAUGCCAUAGUGCAGAUCAAGUUGAAGGAGAGUCUGACCUCGCUGCGGGAGCUGGAUCCCAACGCUGCUGUGAAGAAGAACAAGCAGAGGAAAGUACACCAGAGGGUUGUCGAUGUGUUUCAGGCACUCACCAAUGAGCUCAGAAUACUUAAUAAGAUUCUGGAAAGGUCCGAUGACUCUGUCUGGCUGGUGUACCCGGUGUACACUGUGUGCCACGAUGUCUCUACGUUCCUGAGAGAUACUGGCAAGUACAUGCAACUAGAGUCCCGCAAACAGCUCUGGGAGGAGUGCAUCAGAGUCAUCCACAGGAGUUUUAUGAUCUGUCUCAAUGACAAGAACCCCAAUAUGCAGGAAAACAAGCGUGGUGGCUGUAUCCUGUUUGCCAACUUGGAGAUGAUGUUUUACAAAAUGCUGAGGAACAGGGACAUGAUGAAGAACUUGAUCAAGGUCCUGGAGAGUACAGGAAUGACCGAUAUUAGUAGACAAAGAGAUAACAAGGUGCUGAAAAGGCAUCGCAGCCAGAAGAUUAUUUUCAAUUAUUUCAUUGGUGAGUACUAUGGUUGUUACUUGUUCCAAUUCAACAAGGCCCAAGAGCAUUUGCAAGUCUGUGUCUCUGAGUUCCCAGUCAAAUACACAAGCUCGAAGUGGUUCAAGAGGAUUAUACACUUGUACACCCAAUUCAGAAUGCUCGCUACUUCCAACAAAUUGAUACAUGUAGAAUUACCCAGAGAAACAAACGAGAAGUUCGCUAAUGCCUACGAUAGCGAUCUCAUGAACAAGUGCUACAAGAACGGUGACACAAUAGUGUUCGAUGAGUUGAUAAAGGAGCAUGCUGCUCAAUAUUUGAUAGACGGUACUUAUUCGGCGAUGUUAUUGAUAAAAGAACUGGUGUUCCUGCGGCUGGUGAAGGUUUGCUACAAGGUAAAUGACAAAAAGAGCAUACUGCCACUAGACCUGAUAGCUGCAGGUUACAGAAUACACUUCAGAAACCACGACAACGAGGAGAACCGUGUCACUACCACCAACCCUCGUAAAUUGCAAAAGAAGAACGAGGACUUACUCGAUGAGCUCGAGUGUAGGAUAGCUAACCUCAUUGCCAAUGGCAGAAUCAAAGGUUACUUGUCACAUAGCCAGAGGUGCAUGGUUCUAAGUAAAACCGAACCUUUCCCAUUGGCAUCGUAA